AUUUUGAUUUUUUUUUUCCUUCGUUUUUAUUUUUCUCUCACUUCACCUGCUAUCUCUCGAGGACCUCGUGGCGGUGACGGCAGGACUGAACGAAAAAAACUCCUUUCACGCCGACUUUGUGCUCCGUUUUUAAAUUGUCGUUGGCUUUAAUUUUUUUUUUUUUUUUUGCCUCCUAUUUGGGGAUUUUUUCGGGGGCUCUUUUUGUCAGUUUUUUUUUUUUUUCCUUUCAUUUCCCCCUUCCCCACCGCAUACAUUCGAUUUGAUUUUUGAUUUUUUUUUUUUUUUUCCUGCCGGAUUUGGAGGAAAACUGCCCGGCUUCUAGCAUGAUGUCUUACCUCAAACAGCCCCCUUACGGCAUGAAUGGGCUGGGGCUCACGGGCCCGGCCAUGGAUCUGCUGCAUCCCUCCGUGGGGUAUCCGGCCACCCCGCGGAAGCAGCGGCGGGAGCGCACCACCUUCACCCGCUCGCAGCUGGACGUGCUGGAGGCGCUCUUUGCCAAGACCCGCUACCCUGACAUCUUCAUGCGGGAGGAGGUCGCCCUGAAGAUCAACCUGCCCGAAUCCCGAGUCCAGGUCUGGUUCAAGAACCGCCGCGCCAAGUGCCGGCAGCAGCAGCAGAGCGGCGGCGGGGCCAAGAGCCGUCCGGCCAAGAAGAAAUCGUCCCCCGCUCGGGAGAGCUCGGGUUCGGAGAGCAGCGGGCAGUUCACGCCGCCGGCAGCGGCCUCCAGCUCCGCCUCGUCUUCCUCCUCCAGCUCGGCCUCCUCAGCCCCGGUGGGCGCCCCGGCCUCUCUCAGCACCCCGGCGUCAUCCAUCUGGAGCCCGGCUUCCAUCUCUCCCGGCGCGGCGCCCGCGGGGGUGACGGUGCCCGAGCCGCUGCCGCCGGCCGCCGCCUCCUGCAUGCAGCGGGCCGGCCCCGCCGCCUCGGCCGCCUCCGCCUCCUACCCCGUGUCCUACAGCCAGGGCGGGGGGUACGGCCAGGGCUACCCCGCGCCGCCCUCCUCGUCCUACUUCGGGGGCGUGGAUUGCAGCUCCUACCUGGCGCCCAUGCACUCCCACCACCAUCCCCACCAGCUCAGCCCCAUGGGGCCCUCCUCGGUGCCGGGCCACCACCACCACCACCCGCUGAGCCAGAGCUCGGGCCACCACCACCAUCACCACCACCACCACCACCACCAAGGUUACGGCGGCACGGGGCUGCCCUUCAACUCCUCCGACUGCCUGGACUACAAGGAGCCCGCCGCUGCCGCUGCCGCCUCCUGGAAGCUCAACUUCAACUCCCCCGACUGCCUUGACUACAAGGACCAGGCGUCCUGGCGCUUCCAGGUCUUGUGAGGGACCGGUCACCAUCCCCCCAAGCUGCCACUGACCCCCCACCCGGGGACUCCCCACCGCCUCCUGGGCAGGACUCUGGGCUCUUCCUCCUUCUCCUCCCUCUUCGUUAGCAGUGGCGAUGUCCUGGGGAGGUCCUGCCGCCCCCAUCUCUACUGACUGAUAUUUAUUUGCUUCCUGCACCACUCCACCAGGUUUAUUAUAAUUAUUAUUUUUUUAAAAGCAACAGAAGAGGAGUUAAAAAAAAAAAAAAAAAAAAAGAAAAUUAAAAAGCCAAGCGUGUCCCCUGCUGCCCCCCGGGCAGAGGCGCAGGCUGGCUCCUGCCCUGCCAGUGCCCCCCAGCUUUGAGCAGGGACCCUCAGCCCCUGCGGGUGUGGAAGCCCCGGCUCGCCAGUCCUGUACAGCCUCUUGCCGCGGGGAGCGGCGGGAAUGAUGUAAAUACUCGGUCCGUUCCAGUGACCACAAUUAUUUUUAGUUGAUGCUGUUGGGUUGGCAUUUAUCUAGAGUCUAACAUGGAACAGAACGUUAAAAGAAAAAAAAUCUUUUUUAAUUUCGAUUUUCUUCCCUAAAAAAAAAAAUGAAUCUUUCCCGGUCUCAUGUCCUCCGUCCGUCCUCGAGGGCUCUGCACAAGCUUGGCUGUGCCGUCCUGGGGCUGAGGGUGAGGGGGGCAUGGAAGCAGCCAUGGGAGGUGUCCAGAAGGGAGGCAAAGGGGAAGGGAGGAAAGGCUGCCUGCCUGAUCCACAACCUGCAGACCAAAAAA